AUGACCUUCCCAAGUCUCCGACGAAAGACGACAGACACGACGCCCAGUGUCCACGAUGACAAGAAACCAGCCUCAGCAAGCUUCAGAGCUCGGUCUGCCACUCUCCCGGCACUGUCUCCUCGUAAGAGUCUGUCAGCUCUCUUAGACAAUGCUAGAGGGGGACGACCAGCAAGUCCUUCUCGAAACAACCCUCGUCCAGAUGCCUCCGAAGAAAACAACCAUCUAGAGCACGAGUCGUCCAAUACUGAGCCAGACCUGCAAAGACGUCGAACCUCUUCGCCCGAUAAACCCAAACGCUUUCGUCGAUCUCCAAGUCCUCAUCCUCUGAAAGGGUCCGUAUCCUCAAGAUUGUCCAAGAUCAACGGAACUGGGCUGAAUAGAAGGCGAUCCGAAUCUUCCAUGAAGGGUGAAGCUCCGUCAAAGACCUUUCUUGAGACAUUGGCGAAUGUUAUCCGGUCUCCAGCGUCCCUGUUCUACAAAGAGCACAAGCAAACACUGCGAGCAGAUGACACAGAUCUCUUGACAGGCAAGAAAGCUUCUGCAUCAGAAGAAUCGAACCCUUCGACGGAUAAGACGGCCUCUGCAUCUGAAGCAUCGAAUCCCUCGACAGACAAAUCUGCACCAGACGAUGACACAAGUCCGAAGAAGUCCGUGAGGUUCAGACCCGGCAAUGCUAUUAUCGAACCUGAGGCAAAGUCUUCUCCCAUAAACAUCCCUAAGCCGACACCACCUUUGCCCCAGGUCGAACCUGCAACUACACCCCCUCUACAGUGUUUGAAGAAGCUCGAAGAUCCAGUACCAACUGGUCGGCCUCCCCAAACCCAUAUCAUGAGAUCGUCGGAAGACUUCCGGAAAGCAUUGGCAGAUACCAAGCAGUCUGAUAUACUGGACAAUAUGAAAGAGCCACUGAACGGCACUCGUCCCUCGAAGCUCCCAGCUCCUCCUCACGAAGCGAACAUACCCAUCGAGGAUCCUUUCGACGAUGCCGCACAAGAAGCAGAUUCCGAGAGCAGUUGUACCAUGCUCAAGAAGUACGACGACAGAUUCCAGAGCAGAAAAUCUCAGAAGGCCCUAUCAUCAACAGAUGCGGUCAUUGAUAGUAAUCUCGUCUACAACGACGGAGCUGCACAAGAGUCUGGGUCGUCCGGACCUCCUGAAUCUGUCGACCUUUACCAGAAGCAAUUGAAAGCCGUUAUGUUGAAAGGCCGGAGGCAUCGCGUCUCAGCACCUGUUUGUGCUGACCUACGCUGUCAGAUCGACGCAGAGGAUGGAUGCGAGAUUGAGCAGACAUCCCCAGUCACUCCUAACACAGUGAUCGAUCGAGCUGCGUCCGACCCAGAGCCGCGAAAUGCGAACAUGCCAAUACCGUCUCUGACUGCCUACGGCCAGCUGCUGGAAAAUCGUCGUUCUUUUCUUUCUCGUGGGCGUCGUUCAUAUCAUUCCGCAGACUCAGACAUAUCCAGCCUUGAUGUCGACAAUUGUUCUAACGCAUCGCUGUACCCUACUGAGACAGUGAAGUCUUUUGGCCCUUAUGGCGAAACGCUUGGAUCAGGCAAGCCACCCAUGCAUCGUGCUGCUGUGGAAUACAUGCAGGUCUCUGGUAAAACCUCAAAAUAUGUGGCCUCGGAAGGCUCUCCACAGGACAGCCAGCUUGAGAUUAGCAUCACUCCGGCAGAGCCCACCUUCGGUGAUGGGUUGCCGCAAGGAAGAGAGAACGAGGAAUCGCAUGCCGGUAAAUUUGAUGUUCAAGGGAUUGAAAGUCUGGCGGGCCCAGGCCCAGCUGUGCUGGCUUCCCCCUUGGAAAAAGGCGCCCAGCCUCGGAGUGUUUCUCUGGGACUGCCUACCACUCCGGCGUAUCGAGUCCUUUCGUAUCCGUACAAGGAUCAGUAUGGGUGGACUCCAUUCGACGAUUAUCAGUUUGUCUAUGCAGCGAGAGUAGCUCUGGCCAAGUGGGAGAACGACUUCCGUGCAAUUCUCACCACAAAGGGGGGAUUUCGUUGUUUUUGGGAUACCUGCGAUCUGCCAAAGUGGAGUGCUCCAUCCGAGGACACGAAUGCGCUCACUCUUUGGGAGGUUGACGAUCUGUUGAACUCUAUCUACGAACAUCCUCUCCUGCCGGAACCGGUACCAACUCUGAUUUACGGAGAUUUCAAAGCGCGUAUCCUCCGUACCUCCCUGGAACGGGCUGGAGUGAAAGAACUUUCCCUGCAUCCUCUUGACGAGAUGACCGAAAUCAGCGAUGACAGUCUUAGCGAUGAGGAAGGAUCAAGCUUUCUCUCGACUGGCAAUUUCAGAGACGUUCUGGAAGAUGAUGCAGACGGUGUUUCAAAGUACACGGUACUCCGUCCGGCCAACACUGGGUCCGUUCCAGUGCUUACCGAGAAAGAGAGAAUGGUAAAGGUGGCCAGAGUACUGCAGAAUUUCCGACCCAGGAAGGAGAAGAUAUUGCACCAUGAUGACACCAAGAUCAUCGAAAAGGCGGUGGAGGGCAUGUCACUUACACCGGAACGCCCUUGGUCGGCCUUCGAGGUUGAUGAUCCGAAAAGAAUGCUCUUCUCGGUCGCAAACGGUGAAUUGAAGCGUGUGUCUGGACCUGCGCAGGAUGGAUCAAUCAGAGCAUUCACCUCCAGCUGGUGUCGGCACUGUGGACGAUCGUAUGAGCUCAUGCGAAGCGGCAAAUUGACAGGACCCAAGAAGCGCAAUGGAGAUGGUUCAGACGGUUUGGACGAGAAUGUGGUGUCUGAAUGCUGUGGGAUCUCGAGCGAAGGUUCGGAUGAGGACGAAAAGUACUGCCAAGGCAUUGUCUGAAGCAGACGAGUGUGGCGUUGCUGGCUACUGACAGUGGCGUGAGGACAGCAGGGCUAUUUGAACCAAAAGUGUAUAGCUUAACAGAUUGCUGGACACAGGAUUUGACC